AGUAAUACAUUAAAGCUGAAAUAGAAAGGAUGUCGAAACGAUAUACACAAGAAUUAAAUCGUUCGAAACAACGUGCCGGAAUGGCUCAAGCAAAAGUUGGACAUAAAAUAGAUUUAACGAAAUUACACGAAAUCACUGAUGAACAAGUUCUACAUAGAAUGAUUCACGAUACCAAUGACAAUGAUCUAAGGAUAGAGAUAAGAGCAAGAUUAAGAGAAAUAAGGGAAAAGAAAAAUGCUGAUACGGAUAAAAAGAAUAAAGUUAGGGAAGAGGCUCUAGAGAAUUUGCUAAAAGAGAAAAAGAGACUUGCCGAAGAAGAAAAGGUUAAAAAGUUACAAGAAUGUUUGGAAAGGGUUAAAGCAGAUGAUAAACAAGCCUCCGUAGGUAAAGUUGACUUGGAAACUGUUAAACCUUCAACUUCAUCUGACCUUUCUACAAAAGAUUCGCAAAUUUCAAGUACAAAGUUGUUCAAGGGAGCUGCCUCAACAUCAGGGAGUAAGGUAACAAAAAACCCUAUGCCAAUCACCUCUCAAACAAAAGAUGACAAACCGAUAGUUGGUUCGAAGCAGACUAAACAAAUCAGCCGAGUAGGAAUAAUGAGCGGUUCAGGAUACAAAUUAACAAAAACUCAAACAUCAGGAUCGGCGUCUAAUCGACCUAUGCUGCAAAGAUCCGCAAGUACAAUUAAGCAAAUGCUGUUGGAAUGGUGUAAAAUUAUGACAAAAGAUUAUAAUGUGGAGAUUAGAAAUUUCUCCACAAGCUGGAAUGAUGGAAUAGCAUUUUGCGCUUUAAUACACAACUUUCGACCUUAUGCGUUCGAUUUCAGUAAACUUAAACCUGAAAAUAGAAGAGCUAACUUUACAUUGGCCUUUGAAGUUGCCGAAAAAGAGGCUGAUAUUGCACCACUAUUGGAAGUAGAUGAUAUGGUAAAAAUGAUGAAUCCAGAUUGGAAGUGUGUAUUUACAUACGUUCAAAGCUUCUAUAGACGUUUCAGAAACUGGGAGAAGGAUGAUGAAGAAAAAGAAACAAAGAAGAAAACUUAAAAAUAGAAAUAUUUUAUUUAAAAGAUUGAUGACAAAUUUCUUUAUACAAAAAGUCAAACAGAAAAGUAAUUGUUGGAAAGGACGAACGAAUGAUUGGAUUUAUUAAAAAAAAAGCAUUUUAUUAGCCUAUUUGUGUUUAUGUUCAAAAUUAACCAUCUAAGAAACUACAUAGACAAACUAAAGAAUGUUAUUACUGCUAUUCAUAUAGCUUUCUUGUGAAGACCACUAAUAUUUAUAUAUUGUGUUAUGUAACAAACAGUAUAUCAUACGAUAUAUAAGAAAUAUAUAAAGUUAAUAUUGUUUUAUUGAAUUAUAUU